UUGUUUUUAUUUGUAGAGGUAGUGUAGCAACAUCAACAACACUGUAGUUUAUUUAUAUCAUCUCUAAUCACAAUUUUUGUAUUAAAAUAAAAUUUAUCUCCAUUCAGAUAAAGUAAGCGUUUCCAACCAACCAUAAUGAAUCCAUUGAUUGUUGUCACAGGAUUUGGACCAUUUAUUGGUCAUGAAGAAGUCAAUGCCAGUUGGGAAGCUGUUCGCUUAUUGCCAGAUUCUUUAGAAUCUGAUCAAAAAGUCGAAUAUAAAAUUGAAAAGAAACUUGUGUCUGUCGAGUAUGAUGAUGUCAACAAAUCUAUUGAUGGAAUUUGGGCAAAAAAACCAGCGCUUGUAAUCCAUUGUGGUGUUCAUGGAGGUGCCAACUGUAUUCGCGUUGAAGAACUUGCCUACAAUCACAAAUUCAAUCGCAAAGAUUACUCUGGCAAGAAACUGUCCGGUGGGAGUGCGUGUUUAGCGAACAAUGGCACUGCUUGUAAUCUAAUCCGGACUAAACUCAAUGUUAAGAAAAUCGUCGAAAAGACUAGUCCACUUUGUGGUUGUGAUGAACCAAUGGUUUGCUCUGACGAUGUUGGCAACUAUUUGUGUGGUUACAUUUACUUAAAGUCCUUGGACAAGAAUAGUUCAAGGAGUUUGUUUGUUCAUGUGCCUCCGAUUGAUAAGCCUUUUAGCAGCCAGGAAACAAGUGACAUGGUUUAUAAAAUCAUUGCAGAAUGUAUUCGUCAGAUUGAGGCUAUUGAAGAGAAUGGAGAGGCUGAGGAGUAUUGUGAUGCUGAAGAUGAUGAAUUCUGCGAUAUAGAACCAUGCCAUUGCGGGGACGAAUAAAAUAAGGUUUCAUCCAAGUUACAAGAGGUUUCUAUUUACAAAAAGUUAAAAAUGCCUUAAUAACAAAGGAUCUGCCUGCCUAACUUCUAUUGCAGUUAUUUUAACAUUCAGUAAUAAUUUUGUAGAAAUAAAAAAAAAUAUAUAUACAAAGAUCCUUCCAAAAAAAUGCAUUAACACAAAAACAUUCACCAAUCAGCGUCAACUAUUUUAAUUUUUAUUUAUUUAUAAACUAUUAAUCUACUUAUAUUUUUUUCAUAUAUGUAUAUGAAUUCUUAUUAUAACACUUCGGUGCAUUAAAAAUAAAUAUUUAAACUAUUUACAGUUACUGUUACAAUUAAA